UAUCUGACGGGGUUCUCAGUCAACUACCUAACCGUGAUAAUUUAAAAAAAUCAAUGCGUAAAGUCCGGAGGUAUUUAUUUUUUUUUCAAAUUUCCACGAAUCCAAUUUAAUUUUUAUGUAUUUUACACAUACCUAAGGAAAAAUUUGCCGCCUAAUCCAAAAACACUUAAUGACUUUGGUACUCUUCCCGAUCGGUAUCAAAAGACGCUUACGGGUGAACAUUUUUCGGUUCAGUAUGCCACUGUGCUAAGAGCAGUACAAUCUUCAUUUAACGAACACAGGAUUGUUUGUGAACCGGCUAAGAUCAUGACUGACUUUGAAAAAUCUAUAAUCAACGCUUGUCAAGAAGUUUAUCCAAAUUGUCCUCUCAGUUGUUGCUUUUUUCAUUUCGGUCAAUCAAUGUAUCGACAAAUUCAAUCUGUUGGUCUUCAAGCCACAUACAAUGACCCUGAUGAUCGUUCAUUAAAAAUGUACAGUCAUAUGAUGCUAGCGUUGGCAUUCGUACCUUUGGCUGAAGUACCUCGCAUUUUCUCGCUUUUGAAAAAUGACGCGCCUGAAGAUUUAUUACCAAUUUUGGAAUAUUUUGAAAAAAAUUAUGUUGUAGGAGUAAUAGCUAGAGGGCGAAUACGAGGAAUUCUUCCACGUUAUCCGCCAGAAAUUUGGAAUCAGCACCAAGCCGCUCUAACUGGUUCACACAAAACCAACAAUGUAAGUGAGGGGUGGCACAAUCGCUUCCAGCUUGUUUUUAAAUUAUUUUUAUAA